CUCCACCGGGCAACCGUGAGCAGCUGCCCGGCUCCCAGACAGGCACCGCGUCCCUCUCUUGGCCGGCUAAUGGAGCCCAACAGGUCCCUCUUUGGGGGCAUACUUCUGCUUCUUUCUCUGGCUUUUGAACUGAGCUACGGAACAGGUGGAGGUCUGAUGAACUGCCCAGUGAUUAUCCAGCAGUUGGGAAAUGACACCACGUGGCUGCCCCUGACGAAAGAGAGCUUUAACAAAAGCAUCCGCAUCCUUGUCACGAAGGCAACGGCAAUGUCUCUAGAAAACAAAAUCACUAAGAAAAUAGUGUCUUUUAAUCUCGAUAAAGAGGACUCUCUAGAGCACCUGGAGGAUGGCUACCAGUUUCAAUGGGAAAACCUGAGCCUGGGGAUCCCGGGAAACAGGAGGGAGAGUGAAGGAUGGUACAUCGUGAGUUUGGAGGAAAAUGUGCAAGUUCAGCAAUUCUGCAUUCAGCUGAAGCUCUAUGAGCAGGUCUCCACUCCAGAGAUCAAAGUGUUAAACAAGACCCAGGAGAACAGGAAUGGGACCUGCAGCUUGACGGUAGUCUGCACGGUGAAGAAAGGCGAUCAUGUGACUUACAGCUGGAGCAAUGAGGCGGGCAAACAUCUGCUGAGCCUGGCCAACCACUCCCACCUCCUGAACAUCAGUCUCAGCAGCCAGGCUCAAGACAACAUCUACAACUGCACGGCAAGCAACCCUGUCAGCAGUCGCUCCCAGAGCUUUGACCUAUCACAGGAGUGCAGGCGGGAAUCCUCAGACACAAGCUCAUGGAUAACACACACUGCUGGAUGGUUAGGGUUCAUUCCACUUCUCCUCAUUCCGGUCCUCAUAGCAUUCAUACUGCUGAAAAAACAAGGUGAAAGAAGCCGCUGCCAGCCACCAGUGGAAGAAAAAGGCCUUACUAUUUAUGCCCAAGUGCAGAAAUCAGGGCCUCCAGGGAAGAAAUUUGAUGAUUCCCUGACUGGUCAGAGUCCCUGCACGACUAUUUAUGUGGCUGCCACAGAGCCUGUCCCAGAGCCUGUUCAGGAAUCAAACCCCACCACAGUUUAUGCCAGUGUGACGUUACCAGAGAGCUGACCCCCAGACACCCAGGGAAAGGACUUUUUGAAGGAACAUAGAAAAAUCAAAAUCCACGCUGAACUUGGCCCUCAGUCCCGAGUUCUCUGUGACAGACACUGCACAUCCGUCCCUUUCUUCAAUCAAUUCCCCGGUGAUCGAUUUGCACAGGCAUACCUGUGAAGUAAGCAAGGAAGUGAGGUGUCCCAGGCAGGCAGCCUGCAGCCUGCUGCCUGCUGUGCCGCUGACACAGACACGGAACAGAGACCCCUUGGAAUAGCGUUCCACCUUUGCUGUAGCGGAUCAAAUAGACGGUGUGAGUUCAGAAUCUCACUCUAUGCUGUGCUGGUAAACAAAACCCAGAGACAAAAAGCCAAGAUGUGAAACACCUGCCUCAGAUGGCUGAGCACAAGGCCCAAAGUCUGGAGAUGUUUUUGUUCUGACUGUCUGUUUUAUUCUGAAAGCAGAUCCUGGUCACCUCAAGACCUGAUCAAGGCUCUGUGCCUCAGUUUCCCUCUCACUCUCCGGAUAAGGAGGGAAUGAAGCGGUGUGUGAAGGAUGAAUUCUUUGUGACCGGAGGUCAUUUUAUAAAAGAACCAGUAUUUUAUUUGCAAAACUGAAGCUAGCUGUAAGUCAAUAGGCUGAAGAUGACUGUAGAGUCUAAAGUUUUGAGUGAUAGAAUGGAAACCAUCCAAGGUUCUAUAAAGUGUCGUCCUCAGCGAGCAGCAUUCUGUUUAAAUCGAAGUAGCAAGUGUUUGGGAACACUGUUAUAAAGUAACCUGGGAUACUUAGAGGAACUUGCCCCAGGGAGGUUUUUCACUUCUUUAAAGGACUUUUGAAUCGAAGCUCUCUGUUUACUUCCUUGAGGGAAAAAACCCUGGACCCUCAAGAUUCCCCCUCAGUUAGUUCUGAACCCAUUUUACCACCCAGGCCUACUGAGGAACUGCAGGUCUACCAGGCACUUCCUAUUUACUGCAUACCUCUUUGUACUGAAUUUAUCUUCGGAUAGAAAAUUAAAUUAUUUUGA